AAUGACCGUUAUUCUACAAACGAACUGUGAUGCUAAUUCAAAAUUUCAAACCUUCACUUCUGACUUUCUAUAUUUCAGGUACUGGUUUCUCAAUAACCGUUACAAAAUUCUCCAGAUGCCUCAUGGGUAAUGCAAAUUACACCAAAUUCUGUACCUUAUCGUACCAGUCGAUGAUCACCGAUCAUCUAAGGAACCAAAGAAUAGAUGAAGCUCGAACGGUUUUUGAUAAAGUAUCUUUUCCCGAUGUUUAUCUGUACACCAUGAUGAUCACGGGUUAUGCCCGAAAUUACAGAUUUGAUCAUGCAUUGCAACUGUUCUACGAAAUGCCUGUUAAGGAUGUGGUUUCUUGGAAUUCAAUGAUUAAAGGGUGUUUUGAUUGUGCUGACUUAACAUUGGCUAGAAAGCUUUUCGAUGAAAUGCCUGAGAGGAGUGUGGUUUCUUGGACAACAAUGAUAAAUGGGUUCUUGCAGUUUGGGAAAAUCGAAGUAGCCGAGGGCUUGUUUUAUAAGAUGCCUUUCAGGGACAUUGCCGCAUGGAAUUCAAUGAUUUAUGGGUAUUGUUGUAAUGGUAGAGUUGAAGAUGGCCUUAGGUUGUUUGAGGAGAUGCCCUGUAGGAAUGUGAUUUCGUGGACUUCCAUGAUUGGAGGGCUUGAUCAGCAUGGGAGGAGUGAGGAAGCUUUGGGUCUUUUCCGGCAGAUGGUGGGCUGUGGAGUAGAAGUAAAACCCACUUCAAGCACUUACUGUUGUGUCAUAACAGCUUGUGCUAAUGCAUCAGCUUUAUAUCAGGGUGUUCAGAUUCAUGCUCACGUAUUCAAGUUAGGGUACAGUUUUGAUGCUUAUAUAUCCGCUGCGCUUAUCACAUUUUAUGCAAACUGCAAGCAAAUGGAGGAUUCUCUUAGGGUUUUCCAUGGAAAAUUGCAUAUGAAUGUGGUCAUAUGGACGGCUCUUGUAACGGGUUAUGGUCUGAACUGCAAGCAUGAAGAUGCCUUGAAGGUUUUUGGUGAGAUGAUGAGGGAGGGUGUCCUUCCCAAUCAAUCUUCUUUCACUAGUGCCUUGAAUUCAUGCUGUGGACUGGAGGCACUUGACUGGGGGAGAGAGAUCCAUACAGCUGCUGUUAAGUUAGGGUUGGAGACUGAUGUGUUUGUAGGUAACUCUCUUAUAGUCAUGUAUUAUAGAUGUGGCAAUCUAAAUGAUGGAGUUGCCAUAUUUAAGAGAAUCAGCAAGAAGAACAUUGUAUCAUGGAACUCAGUUAUUGUUGGGUGUGCACAACAUGGCUGUGGCAUGUGGGCAUUGGCAUUCUUCAACCAAAUGGUGCGGUCCAUGGUAGAACCGGAUGAGAUCACAUUCACUGGGUUGCUUUCUGCUUGCAGCCAUUCUGGGAUGUCACAGAAGGGGAGAUGCCUUUUCAAGUAUUUCAGUGAGCAUAAGUCUGUAGAGGUGAAGCUUGACCACUAUGCAUGUAUGGUGGAUAUCCUGGGCCGAUCGGGGAAGUUGUCGGAAGCAGAGGAGUUAAUUAGGAACAUGCCAGUAAAAGCAAAUUCCAUGGUAUGGCUGGUUUUGCUUAGUGCUUGUACGAUGCAUUCUAAGCUAGAAGUAGCUGAAAGAGCUGCAAAAUGCAUAAUUGACCUGGAACCACAUUGCAGCUCUGCAUAUGUCUUGUUGUCGAAUUUAUACGCUUCUGCCAGCAGAUGGAGUGAUGUCUCCAGAAUAAGAAGGGAGAUGAAACAGAGAGGAAUAACAAAACAAUCAGGGAGGAGUUGGAUUACUAUAAAGGGGUGGAGGAAUGAAUUUCUUUCAGGAGAUAGGUCCCACCCUUCAAGUGAAAGGAUAUAUCAAAAACUGGAGUGGUUGGGAGGAAAAUUGAAGGAACUGGGAUAUGUUCCUGAUCAAAGGUUUGCUCUGCAUGACGUUGAGGAUGAACAGAAGGAAGUGAUGCUGUCUUAUCACAGUGAGAGGCUUGCAAUUGGAUUUGGUCUUAUUAGCACUGUAGAGGGCAGUACCAUUACAGUGAUGAAGAAUCUCCGCGUCUGUGGGGAUUGCCAUUCUGCCAUUAAGCUAAUAGCAAAGAUUGUUAGACGCAAGAUCAUUGUAAGAGAUUCUACCCGCUUUCAUCACUUCAUGGAUGGGAGAUGUUCUUGUGGGGAUUACUGGUAGCAUUAGUGUAUGAGAUGACUAAUCAGUUAAAGGUGUUAAGAGAUUUAUGGUACAUGAGGUGCAGAAACUGGCAAGCUGUGGGCGAAGAGUCCAUAGGGGAGGGCUGGUCUGCAUUGCUGAAUAAUGUUUUGGAGCAGCCUUUGUGAACCGGUUCAAGUUUGGAAGGAUGUCAUUAAGAUUUGACUCAAAUUAUUUAUUUAUUUAUUUUUAGGAAUGUAAAUAUUAUAGAGUUUGUAGUUUAGUAAAUUAUUUUUUAAAGUUUGACUAGGAUUAGGAAACUAUUAGUUUAAGGUUAAUCCAUAAGACUUUACCUAUGAUUUCAUACAGGAUUUAGAGAGGAGGAAAAAGUAGGAAAAAAGUGGAGAGAUAAACAAAUGGUGAAUUGGAUUUUGGGUAGAGAAAAGUUGAGAGAGUUUGAAGUGUGUAUUCUUAAGGUUUAUUAAUAAAUUUGAUCUCUCUUUCCCAUGGGUGUAAGUAA